AUGGAAGGAGGUGUGAUUGAUGUUACUAGAGAGUCAGUCAAUCAAAUACUUGGAUUUCCAUUAGGAAAGACAAAAUUUUCAAGUCUUCCAUUUAGAACUGCAGAUGAUAACAGUUAUGAGAAAUGGACAGAACAUUUUGAUAACAACAACAUUAUUCGACUAAAGUGGAUAAAGAUGAAAAUUGUUUCGAGAAACAAAUCAGAUAUGAACUUUAAGCUGAAUUUUUUAGCAUUGUUGAUUAACUCUUUGAUUGAAACAAGUUCAUCUGGAAAAGCAAACAUCUACCCAAUUCAAUACAUAACGAAAAAGACAGAAAUCAAAAACAUUGACUGGUGCUCAUAUUUGAUAGACAGUUUGGUUAAAAUCAAAGAAUCUUUUGAUCAGUCCUCUUCGACAGCCUUUUUUAAUGGACCAUCUGCUUAUUUAGUGUUACUUUAUGUAGAUAGAGUGAGUUCUGAAGUUUUAAAAGUUAAGAGAACACGUCUAGUCAUAUGCCACUGGACUACAGAGAAGGUUAAGAUGAGAGAAGAUUAUGAGAAAGAAGAAAUUGGUGAAUUUGGAACAGGGGAAUUGAAUGAAGAAUUCAUACAAGAAGAAUUGAAUGAGGAAAAAGUUAAUGAUGAUGAUGUUGAAUUCUGUGACAAUAAUCAAGGUGGAGAUAUAAAUGAUGUACAAAAAAAGUAUAUUGGAGGCAAAAGCAUUCAAGGAGAAGGAGAAGAGAUCAAAAAGAGGAGGUCUUCAAGAAUCAGUAAUAUGGUGAAGGAAAUUCCACAAAAUGUUGAAUCUGUUGCCAAAGUUGCCAAAAGAUCUUCUUCUUUAAAGAAGUACAUAAAAGACAAAAAUUUCCCUCAUUGUGAAAAAGAAACUGCAGCAAGAGGAAAAUAUGUUGAAAUGCAGGAAACAAAUGAUAAGAAAGUAGAGGAUCCUGUGAAAGACAAAAAUGCCCAUGUGAAAGUCAAAAAACGAUAA